UAAAAGGGAGCACAGGAUUCGCGCCUCCUUGGAGUUCUACGGGGACUGCUCGGACCUUGCUCGGACCUUGCUCUUCCUGGGCUGCGGGACCUAGCAUGGCAGACGAUGCAGGUGCUGCUGAGGCCCAGGGGGACCAAUGCACGCCUGCCCAGUCCCUGGGCAGGCUGCUGAAGUUACCACUUCCACCACCUCGGAUUCGCACCCGGCCAUGGUGGUUUCCUGUGCAGGAACUGAGAGACCCACUGGUGUUUUACCUGGAGGCAUGGCUGGCUGACUCGAUCUUUGGCCCAGACAGAGCCAUCAUUCCAGAAAUAGAGUGGAUGAGCCAAGUUCUGCUGACGGUGGACAUAGUUAACUCUGGGGACUUAGUUGAAAUCACCAUCUUCGGACGGCCCCGUGUACAGAAUCGGGUGAAGAGCGUGCUCCUGAGCCUGGCAAACUGGCACCGGAAACAUCGUGCCCGAGCUGAGAAGAUGAAACAACUUGAGGAGUUCUUGAAGACCCAUGCAUCAGGUCCCCAGACUCCUGAACAUCGUAUUGUGUAACUAUUUUCAGGAGCAUUGUGAGAACAGUCCUGCUUCUGCUGCUAAAGUUCAAGAGAAGCAAGUAUGCAUAAAUCUCUGCGUUCUUUUUUUCCUGUGUCUUGAUGGGUAGUGCUCUGAUUAUUAUGAUGCAAAAGUGAGUUUGUAGUGCCAUUCUAGUAAAGAACUGAAUUUCCUUUUUGUCCAAUGCUAUAAAGAACUUUGCUGACUUAAAAUUAAGCAAAUACAUAAAAGAUUGUUCAUUCAUGUCUUGAUGUGAGAGGUGGGUAAAAGGCUGAUGCUAGUGGUCUUAUUUUUUCCUUUGCUUCUAUCAUUUGGAAUCUACUAGCCCUUUUAUGAUUUUAUGGCCACAGUCAGGCCCCUAAGCACAGGCCCACGAAUUUGCAUUUCUAAUAAGCUCACAGGUAAUACCAAUGCUUCUCCUCUGGGGCUCUCACUUUGAAGUUGGUGGUUUGGCCCCUGGGUACCACCUACGGUGCAUUUUCUUUUUGGAGUGGAGCCUUCCUCCCUGCACAUGGGUGGGUGUUCCGACAUGAAACCUGAGGUGAUUGCUUAUUUAUUCUGUUGGCAUUGUGAUUCAUCAGAGUAUAGCCAGGGUCCUUGGCAUCUUGACUAUUGGAAGGCAUCCUGCCACCACGCCAGCUGUCUCCUUUCUCUCUGAGGCCUGCACAGGUGUUCUGCAUGAGCUGGGUUGUUUUUCCAUUACCCAUUACCAUGCUAGGACUAAUUUGUGCAAAAUAGCCCCCACCUAACACUGCCUCCACUUUCAGGAAGCAGGCUUCUUAGGGGAAAGGUUAUGGAGAGCUCUGUGGCUUCAGAGUGGAAUUGAUUCAACUCCUGCAAUUUCUUUACCCCUUAUCAGUAAUGGAUUCUAGCUGUUUGCAAGGGUUGUAAACACACACAUACACAAAUCUUUUAAAAUGUGCUGCUUUGGGGGGGGGGGGUUCCUGGUGGCUC